AUGCCACCCAGGCCGCCAACACUCACCUUGAUCCUCGCCGCUACCCCCAGCCUCGGCAUAGGAAAUGCCGGAACGCUGCCAUGGCCGCUGCUCAAGAAGGAGAUGGGCUUCUUCGCCCGCGUAACCAGGCGGACCACGCCCUCGGCCCCCGUCGACGACGCGUGUAGGAAAAUCAAUGCUGUGCUCAUGGGCCGCAAGACGUGGGAAAGCAUCCCCUUCAAGUUCCGCCCGCUCAAGGACCGCAUCAACGUAGUCAUUACGUCCAAGCCCGAGGAGCUCGCUAGCCAGCUGGAUACCAAGACCGACGUCGAAGGGCCCAUAACGUGCUCGGGCAUCCUCGACGCACUUGCCCAGCUCGAGCGCCCAGACAAGAGCAGUCUGCCGUCUCCCGACCUCGAAAUUGACCAUGUUUAUGUUAUUGGCGGCGCGAGCAUCUACGACACGGCGCUGCAGCUGCCGCAGACGAAGCGCGUGCUGCUGACCAAGAUUGAGCACGACUUUGAGUGCGAUACGUUUUUCCCCUUGAACCUGGAUGAGACAACGACGUGGAGGAAUGCGAGUGCCCAUGAGCUGCGGGAAUUCACGGGUGAAGAGGUGCCCGAGGAUGGGAUUGAGGAGGAGGGCGUCAAGUUUCGGUUUUGCAUGUAUGAGCGAGUAGAGUGA